AGGAGGUUGCAGCAUAGCCAAGAAGAUAAGAGUCAAGCUAAAGCAUUAAAAAGGUUUUUCACGACUUCACCAUCAUGCCAGACAGGAAAGCCAGAGACAACUAAAUUGACUGAAUCAGAUCAUGCUGAUGACGGAAAGAUACCAAUCUCAGAGCCUCUACCAGGACCAUCAACCAGUCAAGACCUUCUCACUGCAACUUCAGCAAUACCAUUACCACCUUCCUGUAUUGGCAUUACUGGGACUGACACUGAAGAUGUGGAUGAGGAUUCAUUAAGAGAUGCAGCCCUGCCAUCUACUAGUCGGCAAGCUAUUGAAUCGGAACAAAGAAGAGACCCUUUGUUAUUUCUUUCCAAUGAUUGUGGAGAGUGGCCACUCAAAAUAACUGAUGAGGCACGGAAAAUAAUUGUUGAGCAAGUCAGCAAGUCAGAGGCAUAAAGUUUCCUAAGGACAUUCAUGGCAGAAAAUUUUCCCCAUUUCAUUAUUCAAGGAAGUUGUGUAAUGGAGAGCGUGUCAACAGAUAUUGGCUACAGUAUUCUGUAUCUAAAAAUGCAGUGUUUUGUAUUACUUGCAAAAUUUUUGGAAACGACACAUCCAGUCUUGCAGGUAGCCAAGGGUUUUCUAACUGGCGGAACUUGAGCAGGCUUUUGAGCAGUCACGAGAAAUCCCGUCCUCAUAUGGAAAACCGUUCAUCUUGGCGUGAGCUCUCGCAACGUUUGCAUUUAAACAAAACUAUUGAUGCAGAGCAUGAAAGACUUAUUAAUGCUGAAAUUAAACAUUGGGAUCAAAUUCUGAAACGCUUGCUAUGUGCUACACGGUUUUUGGGGGUUCAAGGAUUGCCAUUUAGAGGGACAAAAGAUGUUCUAUUUGAACCUAAUAAUGGCAACUUUUUAAAAUUGAUAGAACAUAUAGCACAGUUUGAUGAUCCGAUGGCUGAACAUGUGAGAAGAAUCACUUCCAAAGAAACACAUGUCCACUAUUUGAGUAAAAAUGUCCAGAACGAGUUUAUUUCUUUCUUGGCAGGCAAGGUCCAGAAUAAUAUUUUGGAACAACUACAUGAGGCAACAUAUUAUUCUAUUAUAUUGGACUGCACACCAGAUAUUAGCAACACCGAACAAAUGACGUUGGUGGUUAGAUUUGUUACAUGUAAAGCAAAUGAAGAUAUCUUGAUUAAGGAACAUUUUUUAGGCUUUGUUCCUGUUGCCAGUCCUUCAGGUGAAGGUAUGACAGAAAUAUUACUCCAUGAGUUGGAAGCACGACGUAUUCCAUUAAAAAACAUGAGAGGCCAGGGAUAUGAUAAUGGUUCUGCAAUGAAGGGAAAACAUGUUGGAGUCCAGAGGAGGAUCCUUGAUUUAAAUCCUAGAGCCUUUUAUGUACCAUGUGGAAACCACUCCCUGAACUUGGUCAUAAAUGAUGCAGCUAUGUCUUGCAAGAUUGCAGCAGACUGUUUCGCCACCGUACAAGACCUCUAUAACCUUUUUUCAGGUUCCCCAGUAAGAUGGGGUACUUUGUUGAAGCAUGUUUCAACUCUCACACUCAAACCACUUAGCAGUACUAGGUGGGAAAGUAGAAUCGAAGCAUUGUUGCCUUUGAGGUUCCAUAUUGAAGAAGUAUAUGAUGCCGUAUAUGAAGCUUCUCAUGAUCAGAAAUUUGAUGGACUCUGUAGGAGCCGUGCUGGUGCUCUUCUUAAAAGACUGCAAAGCUUCACAUUUCUGUGCAGCAUAGUGACAUGGCAUGAGAUCCUGCACAAGAUAAAUAUCGUUAGUAAACAGUUGCAAAAAGUGUCAAUCGAUCUUCAAAAUUCUAUGGCUCUUAUUAAGAGUGUGAAAAGUUUUCUAGAAAGGAUGAGAUCUGAAGAAGGUCUAAAUAGCAUCAUUACAGAUGCAAAGGAACUGGCAGAAAAAAUCGAUGCUACUGCCGACUUUGAAAACGAACAGGAAGCUCGACCGAGAAAAGUAAGCAGACAAUUUUCGUAUGAAUGUAAAGAUGAAGCUGUACAUUCUGGCAAAGAGUCUUUUAAAGUGAACUUUUUUUUUUGUUGUGCUUGACACAGCAAUAUCCUCAUUAAAGGAGAGAUUUCAGCUAAUGGACAACCAUAGUGGAAGUUUCAAAUUUCUGUAUGACAUUUCAAGCCUUGGGAAAUGUUGGAAUGAAAAAGAAUUGAAGUACGCCUGUCAACGCCUUGAAACUGUUUUGACAGAUGGAGAAGACCACGAUGUGAAUGCUGGUGAUCUGUAUACAGAGCUACAAUUACUUGCAGAUAUGCUUCCCCCUGGAAGUCUCCCAGCUGAUGCCUUGUCUUUUAUAAAUCAUGGUUCGGAGGAUGUUUUCCCAAAUGUCUACACUGCAUUGAGAAUUCUGUUAACACUUCCAAUAUCCGUGGCCAGCGGUGAAAGGAGUUUUUCAAAAUUGAAACUUAUAAAAAAUUACUUAAGAUCUACUUUGAGUCAAGAGCGCUUGAGUGGACUAUCAACCUUGGCCAUUGAAAAUAGCUUGUUGGAUGACAUGGACACAGAUUCCCUAGUACAUGAGUUUUCCAAAUUGAAAGUCAGAAAAAUCAGGUUUUAAUUUUUACAAGUGUUCAAGUUAAUUUGUGUUAAGGAAAACUGGAUGUUAAAAAAUUUAAAUUGUUGCAAAGUUUAUUAAAAUAUUUAUUUAUUAAAUUAUUAUUAUUAUUAUUUGUGUUAAGGAAAACUGGAUGUUAAAAAAUUAAAAUUGUUGCAAAGUUUAUUAAAAUAUUUAUUUAUUAAAUUAUUAUUAUUAUUAUUAUUAUUAUUUAUUAAGAUUGGAGUUAAUUCUAUGUAAUGUUACUAUAUGAACAUAAUGUUGUUAAUAAACUUCUGGUUGUAAGGUAAACUCUUUUAUCCAUUCUAUUCACCUCUACCUUCUACCUUUUAUUUCUCGGUGAUUGGGGGUUUUUUUUUGGGGGGGGGGGCACCAAAAUCCUGUUUCGCUUACACUUGAAAAUUUCCUUGGGCCGGCCCUGUGUAGAAGGGACCCCAAUCUGCUCUUUACCAAAGUGAGCACACUCAGGUUCUUCGCCCUUUCCUCGUAUAUGUUGCUGGGAUUCUAAUCUAUCAUGUUUGCUCCUUGAAAUGACCAAGGUGAAUCUCUUUCUCUCUCACCUGCCUCCUCUCCUCUUCCUGACUCAGGAGGAAUCCUUCAGCCAAAGCCACGGCCUGGGAACUGGUCUCUGCCCCACAUUCCCUCACCCAGCGCUCCAUCUCCGCAGGAAGGACGGCCAGGAACUGCUCCAGGAGCACCAGGUCCAGCAUCUCUGCCUUUGUAUGUUCCUCAGGCUUCAGCCACAGGCGGCAGAGAGAGUGGAGGCGGCUGCAAACCUCCCGGGGCCCCUGAGCCUCCUCAUAGCAGAACUGCCGGAAAGAAUGUCGCUGAAUAUCUGGAUGGAGCAGGUUGCUUUCCAGGUCUUUCUUCCAAGGGUCCUCCCAGAGUGCUCCACCGUUCUGUGUCUUAACAGCAGGAGGAAACGUUUCUAACUGGAAGCCAGAUGAUCCUUGCCUUUCCAUCUUUAUUCUCUGCUUCUAGGCUGACUCCAAAGCAGAUGGAGAAAUGCCAGAAGUUGCCCAAAAGGGAAGGGCCAACCGAAUCUGUAGGGCCUAAAAGAAAACAAGAAAAGAAAACAAGAUUAAUGGGUUAAUGACGAGACUUUCGAGGCAGAAAAACAUUUUACCAUUAAUGUUCAAUAGACGACUGGAUAAAGUUAAAGGUUUUCCCCUGACAUCAAGUCUCCUCAUGUCCAACUCUGUGGGUUGGUGCCCAUCUCCAUUUCUAAGCUGAAAGGCCUGUGUUGUCCAUAGACACCUCCAAGGCCAUGUGGUUGGCAUGACUGCAUGAAGCGCCAUUACCUUCCCGCUGGAGCAGUACCUAUUGAUCUACUCACAUUUGCAUGUUUUCGAACUGCUAGGUUGGUGUUGGCUGUAGACACCUCCAAGGUCAUGUGGCUGGCAUGACUGCAUGGAGCGCUGUUACCUUCCCACCGGAGCAGUACCUAUUGAUCUACUCACAUUUGCAUGUUUUUGAACUGCUUGGUUGGCAUUGUCUGUAGACACCUCCAAGGUCAUGUGGCUGGCAUGACUGCACGGAGCACCGUUACUUUCCCGCCGGAGCAGUACCUAUUGAUCUACUCACAUUUGCAUGUUUUUGAACUGCUAGGUUGGCGUUGUCUAUAGACACCUCCAAGGUCAUGUGGCCGGCAUGACUGCACGGAGUGCCGUUACUUUCCCGCCUGAGCAGUACCUAUUGAUCUACUUACAUUUGCAUGUUUUCAAACUGCUAGGAUAGCGUUGUCUGUAGACACCUCCAAGGUCAUGUGGCUGGCAUGACUGCAUGCCAGGAGCAGUAUCUAUUGAUCUACUCGAACUGCUAGGUUGGCAGAAGCUGGGGCUAACAACGUGAGCUCACCCUGUUCCCUGGAUUUGAACCACUGACCUUUGGGUCAGCAGGUUCAGCUGCUCAGCGGUUUAACCCACUGCACUAUCAGGGGCUUCCAGAUUAAUGGAUAGAAGACAAAAACCUACAAUUCAGAGAGUGGUUCCUUCCAUUUCACUGACCAGUACCAUCACCCAGGUUCCUCUCCAUUGUUCAGUCCUUAAAAUCCCUUCUCCCUCUUUCUCUUCUUUUGCGGAUUUAUUUUAUUUAAAGGUAAAGGUUUCCCCUGACGUUAAGUCUAGUCAUGUCUGACUCUAGGGUUUGGUGCUCAUCUCCAUUUCUAAGCCGAAGAGCCGGCAUUGUCCGUUGACACCUCCAAGGUCAUGUGGCUGGCAUGACUGCAUGGAGCGCUGUUACCUUCCCACCGAAGCGGUACCUAUUGAUCUACUCACAUUUGCAUAUUUUCGAACUGCUAGGUUGGCAGGAGCUGGAGCUAACAGCGGGCACUCAAGCCGCUCCCGGGAUUUGAACCUGGGACCUUUCGGUCUGCAAGUUCAGCAGCUCAGUGCUUUAACGCACUUCGCCACUGGGGCUCCUAUUUAUUUAUUUAUAGUAUUUAUAUUCUGCCUUUCUCACCCUGAAGGGGACUCAGGGCGGAUCACAUUGCACAUAUAAGGCAAACAUUCAAUGCCAUAACAUAGAACAGAGACAGACACAGACGCAGGCACCGGCUGGCCUCGAACUCAUGACCUCUUUGGUCAGAGUGAUUUUUUGCAGCUGGCUGCUAACCAGCCUGCGCCACAGCCCGGCCUAUCCCUCUCAAUCCUCCUGCGUUAUGAAACAAAGCUAUCCAGAGCCUAUGUAUUUAUAGCCCUUCCCUCCCUUCUUUGACAUAGCUCCAAUCCAAGAUAUUCUGCUGCCUGAGGUUGAACCCAAUUUGGACCCUUUCUCUAAUACCUGCAAAAAAGCCCAGAAACACCUGCAGAUGAUGCUGAGAAGACAGUGCCCUCCGCUUCGUCUGAGAAAGGAAGGAAGAGGGAUGGAAGGAGUAUUAGGGAGGCCAAGCGAAAAAGAAGAAAAAGAGAGGGAGAAAUGUAUGAGGGAGAUGGAGGAAGGAAGGAAAGAGACACAAAGAGAGCCUGUGCACGGUUGCCGGGGCGGCCGUUGCCAUGGACUGGGCGUUGCCAUGGAGACAUUGGGAAGUAGGCCUUCUCACAGCUGGAAAAGGGAGGAGGGAGAAAGGCGGUGGCUGGGGGAUAAAAGCCGAGGAAUAAUCAAAGCUCUUGCAGCCUGGAAAUGAACUGGCAAAAGGCAAUGGCUGCAGAAGUUUCCAAAGGUAAAGGGCCAGCUCUGCCUUCCAGGAAGGAACUGGGCAGCAGAGUCCUUGUCUUUCAAAACAGGAAUACAUAUUGGAUUUUUAUAAUUAUUGCAAAGGAUAUAAAGGGGAGGGGGAAAAGAGAAGGCUCAGUAUCCCAGGCAUGGGCAAACUUGGGCCCUCCAGGUGUUUAGGACUUCAACCUUCCUAAUGCCGCGACCCCUUCACACAGUUCCUCAUGUUGUGGUGACCCCCAGGCAUAAAAUUAUUUUCGUUGCUACUUCAUAACUGCAAUUUUGCUAUUGUUAUGAAUCGUAAUGUAAAUAUCUGAUAUGUAAGAUGUAUUUUCAUUCACUGGACCAAAUUUGGCCCAAAUACCAGAUAUGCUCAAAUUUGAAUACUGGUGGGGUUAAGGGGGGGGGAUUGAUCUUGUCAUUUGGGAAUUGUAGUUGCUGGGAUUUAUAGUUCACCUGUAGGGACCAUAAGCCAGAAAAUAGUAAACUUUUGCCUAACAUAGCUUUGCCUCUGCAUAUAUCACAUAGCCUUUAUUUAUUUAUUUAUUUACAUCAUUUAUAUUCCGCCCUUCUCACCCCGAAGGGGACUCAGGGCGGAUCACAUUACACAUAUUAGGCAAACAUUCAAUGCCUUUUUAACACAGGACAAAGACAAACAAACAUAGCCCCGAGCGGGCCUCGAACUUAUGACCUCCUGGUCAGUGACUCAUUGCUCUCCCGUCUGCGCCACAGCAGACAAUAUAGACAAUAUAAGCACUUUGUAUGAACCAAAGUUGUAUGUGCAACACAGGGCCUGUGCCCCUCUCUUCCUGUGAGCUGGUGCCUUUCUCCAGGAAGUUCCAAAGGGAGAAGAAAGCUCAGAGUAAACAAGUGAGGUCAUUGGUAUCACUUGUGCCAAAGUAGGUGUGGAAGGAGGGGAAGAUCCUCAGCCAUUGGUCAAUUCUAGAUAAGCUAAGAGGUAUAAAUUCUUUGUUUUUAUGUAAAUGUUUUUAUAUUGUGGAAUGAUAUUUUAAAUUGUAAGUCGCUCAGAGCACUCUGGAGGAGAGCGGCUAAUUAAGAAAUAAAGUGAAGUGAAGUUUGCUAUGCACAUGUGGCAACGGCCAUUUGUAUGGUAUGGACCCACAAAAUGUGGGUACCUACAGCUGUUUUGCUUUAUCAUCAGCUGUGAUAAUAAAAGGCUUGUUUUCUUGCUCUCCUGGAAUUCUCUCCUUUACUUCCCCUCCGGGCCCGGGCUAGUCUCCAACACACCUACAAUCAAAGAGCAUUCUGAACUCCACCAAUGAUGGAAUUGAACCAAACUGGGCACACAGAACUCCAGAGACCAACAGAAAAUGCUGGAAGGGUUUGGUGGGCAUUGACCUUGAGUUUUGGAGUUGGAGUUGUAGGGGCUCGGGCUGUGGCGCAGGCUGGAGAGCAGCUGCAAUGAAUCACUGCAAUGAAUCACUCUGACUGGGAGGUCAUGAGUUCGAGGCCCGCUCGGAGCCUAUGUUUGUUUGUCUUUGUUCUAUGUUAAAAGGCAUUGAAUGUUUGCUUAUAUGUGUAAUGUGAUCUGCCCUGAGUCCCCUUUGGGGUGAGAAGGGCGGAAUAUAAAUGCUGUAAAUAAAAUAAAUAAAAUAAUAAAUAAUAGUUCACCUACAUUCAGAGAGUACUGUGGAUUCUAAACAAUGAUAAAUCUGGACCAAACUUGCCACAAAUACUCAAUAUGCCCAAAUUUGAACACUGGUGGGGUUUGGGGAAAGCAGACCUUGAUAUUUGGGAGUUGUAGUUGCUGGUAUUUAUUGUUCACCUACACUCAAAGAGCCCGUCAAACCCCACCAACAAUAGAAUUGGGCCAAACUUCCCACACAGAAUUCCCAUGACCAACAAAAAAUACUGGAGGGAUUUGGGUUCCUGAGACCAUCAGAAAUAUGUGUUUUCACAAGGUCUUUGGUGACCGAUCAGAAACCCCACUCGCAACCCCCUCGAGGGGUCCCAACUCCCAGGUUGAGAAAUGCUGCUUUAAAAGGACCUACAUUGCCAGCUGAUGAGCUUCACCCUGCAGCACUCAUAACUGACUGCAGAAUGGAAAUAGAGCGUUGCCAUGGGUACAUUCUAAAGCAGCAUUCUCAGCCUACACACUGAUAUUAAUACGAAAAGCCUUUGGAAGACAAUAUACAGAUAUUUUGUCAGUGGGCACAGGGAUAUAUAUAUACACACACACACACACACACACACACACAUAUAUACACACACACACAUACAUACAUACACAUAGGUAAUGAAUGUAUAUGUAUAUAUAUAUAUACACACACAUACAUACCUUACCUGCAUGUGUGUAUGUGGCACGGGUGUCCAUUCAUACCAGGCAUAGGCAAACCUUUUUGCCUUGGGGCCACAUUGUAGGCUCACCUGAGAAAACCAGGCCAGUAAAAAGGGUAGCCAGGCACACACUAGGUGGGAUGGACCCGAGAGAGGGAGGGCCUGGGAGUGGGUGGGUCAUUAGGCUGUCCUCCUGGCAUAAAGACGGGGCCGCUCACCUCAUUCUUUUGCCUGGAGCAAAAUGAGACAUGUGGCGACUGCCUCAAUCCUCCUCCCCUGAUCUUCGGGCUGUUUUCUCAGCAUUAUGCCAGGAGGAGGAUGAGACGGGUGACCUCCGAGAGCGCUCUGGAGAGCUCUCCACCGCUGUGUGCCUUCCAAGGAACUACCCAUAUGCCAGGGUCAAUCACCGCUAAAACCUGCCUGUAUUCAUAGUUGGCCACGUUGGGUCUGUGUGCCCAUUUUGGUUCAGAUCCAUCAUCAGUGGGGAUCACACGGUUCUCUGGAUGCAGGGAGAACUACAAUUACCAUUAUGUUGGGUCAGUCCCACCUCAAAACCUACCAGUAUUCAAAGUUGGUCAUAUUGGUUAUUUGUGCCAAGUUUGGUCCAGAUCCAUCAGUUGGGUGCACAUUGCUCUGUUGAUGUGGGUGAACUAUAACUUUCAAACUCUGAGGUCAGUUCUCGCAAAACCCCACCAGUAUUCAAAGUUUGGCAUGUUGAGUAUGUGUGGCAAGUUUACGGGUUCCAUCACCAGUUUGGUACAGAGUACCUUCUGAGUGUUGGUGAACUACAACUCCCAUAAUUCAAAAACAGCCCCCCUAACCGCACUAGUAUUCAAUCCUGGACAUGUAGGUAGUGUGCCAAAUUUGGUGCAGAUCCAUUGUGUGCUCUUUGGUUGUAGGUGAACUAUACAUCCCAGCAACUACAACUCCCAAAUGUCAAAAUCUAUGUCAGGGUAUUGUGUAUUGUGAAAUGUUAAAAUCAAUCUGGAUUCAGCAGUUAUGGAGUUAAUGAGAGUCUGCUAUGAUUGAUGUAUCACAGGACCAAUGGGGUCAAGUGUGUUUUGACCGGGACUUACUAUCUUGGUUCCUGUGGAAUGCGAGGGUGUGUGUAGUUUUUCCUGUGUCGAGUGGAGAACAGCGAUGAGCAAUGUGCUGUGUGUGUGCAUGGGUGCUUUCGGCAAGCACUCAUGGAGGAAAGGACUGAAUUUGCUCUAUCUGUAAAUAGUUCAUGUAAAUAAAGUUUAAUCAACAGUUGGACUUCGUCUGCUGGAGUGAGUUUGUCCAGUGCUGUUUUCCACACUGGGAGACAGUCUGGAGAUAAGGAGGCAGACUGGGAUGGUGAAUUUUUGGAUUUCACUCUGCUACCCAUCAUCCCCGCUGACACUGGGUUAUGGGCCCAGCACGCUUCCGCUGCGCAAUAGAUGGAGAUGCUGAUGGCUGGUGAGCUUUCAGCAACUGUGCGGCCGUGAGAGGGAUUCCAGAGACGGAGGGGACCCGAAAGAGAGCUCCAGUGAAGCUGCAGGAGAAGAUUGUGACCGCCUGAGUCUGCACUUGAGUAAGUGGCAGUAUGGCUUAAUCUUGGGGACCGAGGGUCAUGGAGGCAGCUGAUUCACCGGGAGCUUGGGGUGUUGAAUCUUGAUGGCCGAGAUGGCUGGGAAAAGCUUCAUUUCCAGCAUGGAAAAGCUGUCUGAUGAUAAUUAUGCUUCGUGGUCAGUAAUGAUGCGGUCUUUGCUGGCAUCAGAAGAUUUGGAAAAUACCCUCAAUGGAACAGAUCAAAAUGCUGAGCACAGAAGGAAAGCCAAAGCAUAUUUAAUACUGUGCCUCCAACCAAACCAACUUGUCCAUGUGAGAAAUAAGGACACUCCUGAGGAGAUUUGGCAAGCUUUAAGGAAUGUCCAUGAGAGAGAGACUUGCAUGUCUCAAAUGAUUUGGACUAAGAGGCUGUUUUCAGCAAAGCUUGUUAAGGGUGAGGAUGUCAGAAAACAUUUGGACAAUGUAAAGCAAUUAUUGAUUGGAGCUGAGGAAAGAGGCCUACAAUAUUCUGAAGCACAGAAGUGUUAUCUGGUGCUGUGCAGCUUGUCUGAGGACUGGGACUUUCUGGUACAUUCUUUCCAGAAUGUGAGAGUCCAGGAUUUAACUUUGGAUUCAGUGUGUGGGAGAAUCCAAGAAGAAGUGGACCGGAGGGCACUUGAACAAGCCCAGAAGCAGACGAUGGCGCAGUGCGACCAGGAGGGGGCGCAAGUGGCCGGCUUUGGUCCAGAUGGUGUUCCUGGGAAUCGUGAGGAGGUUGCAGUACAUCAGGUCAAAACACGGCGGUGUUUUGUCUGCAACAAGCCAGGGCAUUUUGCCAGGAGUUGCCCAAACAACAAGGCAAGAAGUUCUCGUGGGAACAGAGGGGUUAAGAAUUUGUCAACAACAACUAAGCCCCAAGUGUUUAUGGCUGCGAUGAAUGGAAGGAUCACCAAAAAGAACAAGUGGUAUUUGGACUCAGGUUGUACACACCAUGUUGUUACAAAUAUUAAACUUUUGAAAAACAGAAGGGAUGUGUCUGGAACAGCAGUGACUUUGGCUGAUGGAACUGAGAGGAAGUUCAACAAAUGUGGCACUGUGUUCAUUCCUUGCUUGAAUGUGGAUUGGGAAAAUGUACUUUACAUCCCAGAAUUAAGUUCUAAUUUGUUAAGUGUGGCUACCUUAACUGAGAACGGAUAUAAAGUAAUUUUUAGCGGAAUCUAUUGCUAUAUUCAAAGAGAUGGACGAGUAGUCUCAAAAGGUGUAAAAAGGAACAAAAUGUAUAUGAUGUUUGACAAAAAUAACUUUCCAGAUGGGGCACAAGUCUAUUGUGUGAAGCAGAAAAUUAUGCAUGACAGGUGUAUCCAUCAUCUUCACAGAGCGAUGGGUCAUGCACGUGUAGAGGUGCUCAGAAAAACUUUAGAAAUAUGCACAGAUUUUGAGUGUGAGAAAUGUGAAAAUUUAUUAGACUGUGCAGUUUGUUCAGAGAUGGGAAUUGAAUCAAAAGAGCAUCCAAAAAGAUCUGGAAUUAAGACCCAGGAAAUGUUUGAAAUGGUCCAUCUAUAUGUAACAAUCUGAUGUUAAAAGCCAGGGAGGUUCUCAAUUUACUUUGCUGUUAGUAGAUAGACACACGAGAUUUGGAUAUAUUUACUUCCUUAAGGAUUUGAAGGAAGCUGUUGUAAAAGUGUCUAAUUGGAUAGACAUGGUUCAAAGGGUCUAUAAACAGCAUGUAGGUCAAAUAGUUUUUGACAAAGGAAUUAAUGUGUGUAAUGAAGAGAUGAAGAAAAUGUUGAGUGAAAAGAAUAUAGGUUUUAAAAAUGUAAAAUCAAAUAAGUCAAAUGAAGAAGGUGUGGCUCAAAAUAGGAUGAAGCAAAUUCUUCACAUGAAUGAGUGUUUAAUUAGAGAUUCCAAAAGCUCAACUAAGAAUUGGCCAGAGUGUUCACACACAAGUAAUUACAUUUUAAACAGGUUAUGGGAUGAGGAAUUGGAUGACAUCCCAUUUCGGAGAAUGUACAAAAAACCCCCAAAUAUAGUAUAUCUAAAAGUAUAUGGUCAAAAUGCUAAUGUAUUAGUUCCAGCCAACCAAAGGAAAAAGGGUGAGCCUAAGUGGAGAAGGAUGCAAUUUUUAGGCUACUACCAAGACAAGCUAAAAUUUCACAGUGGUCUUGGGAGGCUUAUUUUCUCAAAGAGGGCAUUCUUUGAGAAGGAUGAAGGCUGGGACAGGUUGCAUUUGAACAAAGAGAUGUUGUUUAAUAACAAUUCCACAAAAGAAGCGGAGGUACAAAAAGCUUCAGGUGGAGGGGGUUCUGUUGUUGAAAAGGAUAUGCAACGAACCAUUAAGGAGGAGAUGGUUACUCCAGUGAAACAUGGGGAAGUACAGACUCCCCAGAAGAGUCAGAAGAGAGGGGGUAAAAGGAAAAAAUCACCUAAGCUUGAGAGUGAAGAGCAGGUGACAGAAAAAAGUGAAGAUAUAUCUCUUCUUGAGACCGAGAUUGAAUCAGUUGAUCAGUGGUCUCCAACUUGUCAAUUGGCACAGGUGUUGCCAAAGCGCCAGAGAUGCAAAAACAUUGUGCCUGUUUAUUAGUCUGAACGGAAGUUGAAAUAUGUAUAUAUGUUCAGAGAGAGUUAAAUCAGUUUUGUGAAUAAUUGUGAUGAAAAAUAAAGAUGUAAAAGAGAUAGAGAGUGAGAGAAAGAACUCUCUAGAGUUUUUUGGGUGAAGUUUGAUUAUGUAAUGAAUUGGUUUUAAGAAAUUGGAUUUUAAGAGAAUUUGAAAUCCAUGGUUAAGCCAGCAGUGAGUUGUAAUAUAGCCUGGCAGCAUCAAAUGAAUCUAUGUGGCACAAUGAAUUAAGUUUUCAGAGGUUGGGAAAACUAUUGAUUAAUGAAGUGAAGCAUCAGUGUAUUAGGUUAUGGUUCUGGCAUCGAUUGUGUUAAUAAAGAUGCAAGAAGAGAGUUGAUGUAUUGUGAUCAAAACAAUUUACAUGUGAUUGAAAAUGACUGUAUGUAUACAUGUUUUAUCUUGUGGAAGUUCUAGAAAGAUUGAUCAAAUGUGUAGAGUGUUAAAGUAUAUGUAGAGAAUUGAUUUGAACAUUUCGGAGGGGAAUUGUCAGGGUAUUGUGUAUUGUGAAAUGUUAAAAUCAAUCUGGAUUCAGCAGUUAUGGAGUUAAUGAGAGUCUGCUAUGAUUGAUGUAUCACAGGACCAAUGGGGUCAAGUGUGUUUUGACCGGGACUUACUAUCUUGGUUCCUGUGGAAUGCGAGGGUGUGUGUAGUUUUUCCUGUGUCGAGUGGAGAACAGCGAUGAGCAAUGUGCUGUGUGUGUGCAUGGGUGCUUUCGGCAAGCACUCAUGGAGGAAAGGACUGAAUUUGCUCUAUCUGUAAAUAGUUCAUGUAAAUAAAGUUUAAUCAACAGUUGGA